UCCUCCCGUGUUUCCGCAAACCAAACGAGCCGCAGAACUGCAGAAGGCGCGUUUACCCAGCAGCCCGGCUUGCUCCGCGUCAUCUUCUUUCUCACUCAUAACCGUUCUAACAGUCAAUUUUUUCCGGGACUAUGAGAGUGGCCUCCUCCGCACAUCCUCUGAAAUCCCCCCUUCUGAGCCUCCUCCAUGAACCCGUAGCCAUCAAAUCCUUCAACCAAAUCCACGCUCUCCUUCUCACCUCCGGUUUCUACAAAGACUCCCUGGUCCUCGCCAAGUUCGCCGAGCUCUUAGCUCUCUCCACCCAUCCUUCCUCUGCCUACAAAGUUCUCCGCCAAAUCCACCACCACCCAAUUCCAUUUGUCUUCAACUCACUGAUCUCCGGCUAUGCCCGAAGCAAGGCUCCCCAGUCAGCCUUUUUAUUAUUUAAGCAUUUGGUUGGCAAUGGGGCUCCCAUCGACAACCACACCCUCCCCGCGGUGUUGAAAUCUUGCACCAAAUUCUCAGGCAUCGGAGAAGCCAGGCAGCUUCAUGGUGUUGCAAUCAAGGUGGGAUUUCUAUGUGAUCUCUAUGUGCAGAAUGCUCUGGUUCAUGUGUAUGGUACAUGCGGUGGGUAUGCCGAUGCAGGUGAUUUGUUUGAAGAAAUGCCUGUUAGAGAUGUGGUCUCCUGGACUGCGUUGAUUUCUGCGUAUGUUAAAGGCGGGUUCUUUAUCAGGGCGCUGGAGUUGUUUGCUUUGAUGGAUGUGGAACCGAACAUGGCGACUCUAGUGUGUGCGCUUGUUGCUUGUGGUAGGCUGGGGGAUGUAAACACGGGUAAAGGAAUUCAUGGGUUGAUCUUGAAGCAUGAAGGGGAGUUUGGAGUGGUUGUGGGAAAUGCUCUUUUGGAUAUGUAUGUGAAGUGUGAGUGUUUGGAUGAGGCAAGGCGGAUCUUUGAGGAGCUCCAGGAGAGAGACAUAGUUUCUUGGACAAGUAUCAUAAGUGGGCUGGUGCAAUGCAAGCAACCCAAGGAAGCUAUAGAAAUGUUUCAUGAGAUGUGUGCCUCAGGGUUGGAGCCAGACAAGGUAACUUUGUCUAGUGUUCUUUCAGCUUGUGCGAGCUUGGGAUUACUAGAUUCAGGGAAAUGGGUCCAUGAUUACAUUGAGCGUUGGGGAAUUGAGUGGGAUGUUCAUAUAGGGACCGCCAUGGUUGACAUGUAUGCCAAGUGUGGGCUCCUAGAGAUGGCAAUGCGCACCUUCGAGAAGAUGCCUCACAGGAAUGUCUCCUCAUGGAAUGCAUUGCUUGGUGGCCUAGCGAUACAUGGUUGUGGUAAAGAAGCCCUCCAGCACUUCGAUCGGAUGGUUAGAAAUGGGUUUAAUCCUAAUGAGGUGACCUUCGUAGCUAUCCUCAGUGCCUGUUCUCACUCAGGCUUGGUGGAAGAAGGCCGUCACCAUUUCAAAUCCAUGACUGAAAUCUACAAUCUCACACCAAGGGUAGAGCAUUACGGAUGCUUGAUUGAUCUGCUCUGCAGAGCUGGGCUCAUUUCAGAAGCCCAUGAACUCGUUAGAUCCAUGCCAAUGAAAGCUGAUGUGCUUAUAUGGGGAGCAAUGCUGAGUUCUUGCAAAGCCCAUGGGAAUGUGGAGCUCUCCCAACAGAUCCUCGGCCAUCUUCUUGAGCUGGAUCCUUCUGACAGUGGGGUGUUUGUGCUCCUCUCCAACAUAUAUGCUACAAGCGAUAGGUGGGGAGAUGUGACACGUGUGAGGAAGUUGAUGAGGGAGAAAGGUAUGAAAAAGGAACCAGGGGCUAGUGUCAUAGAUGUAGAUGGUAAAGCUCAUGAAUUUGUAGUUGGAGAGAGCAACCACCCCAAAAGGGAUGAGAUAUUUCUGGUCUUAUACAGCCUAGCAAAACAAGUGCAAGUUGAUGGUCUCUAAUCCUGUGGGCUCAUUAUUCAGUUACCGUGACCGUGAUAAGGAGGUGAAGGCUCUUGUAGAUAUCUGACAAACUUAUUUAUCAGUUAAAUUUAUUAGUGGCAGAAUAACAACAGAAUUAGGAGGUAAGUGUUUGGCAGGUAGAUUAGUUUAUGAACUACCCAAUUCUGCUUCUAAUGUAGAUUUGGCCAAAGUAAGCAGUAAAUGAUUGAUGAUUAGUUCCAAUACUAGUGCCAAAUAUGCCUCCCAAGGUCAUUCUAGUCAUCAUCAUAAUGAUUAAAGGUGUUGUAAACAUAUUUUACGGCAAAUCCUUUCCUGAAAAGUGCAAGGUGUGACUGCGUUCUCCUUCAUUUGGUUGAUUGGUUGGAACUUUCUCAAAUGACCCCAAAGUCAUCUGUCAAAGGAGAUCUUCCUUAAAUACAAUCUUCUGUACAUAGAGUUUGAGGUCAGCAUUUGGAGACACAUCUGUUUGAAGCCCUUUUUCCUUAGGAAUGUUCCAACUUAUGAUACCGAAGUUUUAACUUCUCAACUUAUAUCCAAGUCUAUUUUUCUUAUCUGUGCAGGUGCUCUCUUUUGGUUGGAUUGCUUGGACUUGGUGCAUCAGGGUCCACCAUCACCUUGGGAAAAGGUAAGCACAUUACUUUGUUACUGAUUAGGGGGCAAAACCAUUCCAACUAGUGCCGUUAAUGAAGCACUAAAUCUUAAUGGAUCUUAGUGUCCACAAUAAAGCCAUGAACUCUAUGGAAUGCCGUGCGAUUUGUUCUUCUUCAAAUAGAUGCUAAGAUAAUAGAAUUAUUCCAGAAACGGCAAGUCAGAGGAUCUUAUCAAUCUAAGAUAUUGGCCAACAAUGUAGUCAAGAUUCUUGGGAAGACGACUUUUGUUAACAUUAGCUGCUUACGCUGUUCUCAAAGUGGAACAACUGAAGAGAGAAUGACUUUUGUUAACACUGUUCUCAGAUGGGAUCCACAACAAAAGAGCGUUGAGUGGUAACAAAUUAUCGCAGCUGAAAAGGCCUAAAAGUAAUUGUAUGAGCUGAACUUGAGCUUUCUUGGACUAACAUAUGUGGAUAGGCCCACAAAUUGCUAACUUGGAGUGGUAGAUCCAUUUCAUUCACAAACGAAGUUAGAGUAAGGCAAAUUGAUACUUACAAGUGUGUAAAGGGUCCUCAUGUCACGUCCUCCGAUCUCAACCCUAGGCUCAUGCACCACCGCCGAUGGCUUGAGCUCGGACCCAUUCGUCAGCUCCCUGUUGUUGUAAAGAACCCUAAGCGAUGCGGACUUGAAGAACGGGUCCAACACGUCGCCGACAACGUGUCCUACGACAAGUGGAUCUCUUGACAUGAUCUACAAGAAUGCUAAUCUACACUAGUAGACAACACCAAGAACACUAACUCGAUCGAGUGAGGAACUCAGUUGGACCUUGUUAGUUGCUUGAUGGAUGAAAUGGUAAAGGAGAGGCUGAUAUAUAUAGGAGCUGAAUGAUGAUGGGGGCAUCCAUUCCAAAAUCAUGCUCAAAUCCCAGAUCUUGGAAUCUACUUUUUUUUUUUCCUCUCCAUGGAGUAUGAUUUGAGUUGCUAUCAGUGGAAUGUUUGAAGUCCUGCUCCUUUGGGGCCUCCACUGGGGUUAGUGGGAUUGUCAUGCAACCCUAUGGUGAAUAAAAUGUGUCCUUGCCCACAUAUUCUCUAAAUCUUGAAAUCUCUUUAAUGAACGAUAUGUAGGAACGAAAAGUGGAUUGUCCUUUUGACCUGCUUUCCCUGGAUGACAACUCCGGCAUGAGGACGGCUUCUCCGUCCUUCCCGGUGGUUGUAGAAGUUCUAAGCUUUUGGGGCAAGUUGAGCACAUAGCGGCUAUGAGGAGAUUCUAUGGGCUUAAAUUUUUGGUGUGUGACAUCAUAGACGUGGCUUUAGUUGAACCAUGUCAUUUUUGCCUCCUUCUCUUUGCUUAUUGAUAGGACGUGGGGGUAUAGGGUGCCCCCGAGCGAAGAUAGAGUGGGGAUGAAAAGUGAUAUGGUAAUGGUGUUGCAGAGAGGAUGAACCUUCUGUACUUAAGUGUGAAUGCGAAAAAAAGUUUGAGGCUGGCGGCGGCUUUGGCUUUAGAGUGAUGCGAAUGUGUUGUUAAUAGUUUUCUCACAUGGCACGGUGCUCUUAUUGCUCAGAUAGCGCAUUUGGUAGGAGAUGCUUCACUCGAGUCUUUGUUUUGGUCGAGAUUUUAUGAUUUAAAUAAUAGAGAAAUCAUUAAUUUUGAGA